CAUAUGACAUCUGAACGCAUGGUACGGUAGUCAGUUACUCCCACGCCCCAUGAUGUUAGAGGACCCAUACUGCAUGAGGACUGUUCAUGAGAGAUCUAUUGGCAGAGUGGAUAAUUACACUACCUCGCUGAUGAAGUUGGCGCCGUUGUGGGUGUUGAUGGCGGCUGUGGCGGGGGUCGCCGCGGGGGAGUUGGCGCCCCCUGAGAGGGCCUACAAGAUCCUCAUGCUCCUCCCCGUCUCCUCCAGGAGCCACAGGAACGUCUUCAUGCCUCUCGCUGAGGCUCUGGCCGACCGUGGACACGAGAUAGUGAUGUUGACCAACCAACCGAAGUCAUCCAAACAUCCAAACAUCCACGAGUUUAGCCACGACCUGCCUCACUUCAGAGUGGGAGAGGUAAACAUGUUUGACUAUCGCAGUGAUCCAACCGGUGGGCUUACGGAAUUCGAGGUUGUUCUUCCAUUAAUGGCCAGGGAUAUAUACAAAGUCCCUGUGGUGAAGGAUCUCUAUGAGAGGAGAAAGGAGUUUGAUCUCAUCAUAGUGGAUCAUGCGUUCAACGAGGUAGUAUAUCCGUUCCUGCACGAGGCCAUCUUCAUCAUGCUCACCACGCCAGGACUGGACUACCGCCAGAGCGCCGUCCUGGGCAAUGUUCUUCACCCGGCCUACGUUCCGAACCAUAAGUCGGAUUUUCCACAGCCAAUUUCCCUUUGGCACCGCUUUCUCAACACCAUGAUACAUAUAGCGAUUGCGGUAUACUGGCGGAAAUGGACAAUCGUUCCUCUGACACAGAAGGAGAUCUCUGCGCAGUUCCCGGAGCUGCCGCCGCUGUUGGACUUGGAGAGGAACAUGAGUCUGGCGCUGAUGAACACCCACUUUAGUAUUGGUAUACCACUGCCCCUCCUGCCUUCACAGGUGGAGGUGGGCGGCAUGCACUGUCGACCCGCCAGACCUCUGCCCCAGGAGUUAGAGUCGUGGAUCUCAGGGGCGGGAGCUGCCGGCGUCAUCUACUUCAACUUGGGUACUGUCGCUCGAGGCACACAUUUACCAGUCCAGUACCGAGACCUUUUGAUUCAGGUCUUCCGCAGACUGCCGCAGCGCGUCCUCUGGAAAUAUGAGGAAGAGUUGGAGAACCUUCCUGAUAACAUGAUGAUCAGAAAGUGGCUUCCCCAACAGGACAUUCUCGCCCACCACAACGUGAAGGUGUUCAUCACGCACUGUGGUCUCUUGGGCCUGCAGGAGGCCAUCUACCACGCCACGCCCCUCCUCGCCCUCCCCAUCUUCGUCGACCAGCACAGGAACGGCAUGUUUGUGAAGAAAUCUGAACUGGGACACACUUUGGUAUGGGAGGAGCUCAGUGAAGACAUGAUCUACGAUGCUCUCACCGAUAUUAUUUACAACCCUAAGUAUAAAGAAAACGUGAUGAGGAUGUCAGCGGGGAUGAGGGACCAGCAGACGUCGCCCAGGGAGCUGGCGGUGUUCUGGACGGAGUACGUCAUCCGCCACCGUGGGGCGCCCCAGCUGAGGUCCCCGGCGGCACAGCUCUCCUGGGUGGAGUUCCUCAUGCUCGACGUCCUGCUCCUCCUCCUCCUGGCUCUCUUCCUUCUCGUCUUCAUCCUACGUCGCAUCUUCCGGGUCAUCGCUGCUAAAUUAUUCAGUGAUAGUAAAAAAAAGAAGGAAUAGCAGUGCAUUUAAGAGACUCCAGAAAGCGAGAUUUCCAAAAUUCUGUCAAUAAAAAGCUAUUAAAUUC